ACAAAGGGCGGAGGCAGGGAAGCUGACCGGCCGCGGGUUCUGUUUAGCCCUCCCUCUUUUCCCGGGUCGCUGACUGAGCGGGUGGCCUGCUCGAAAUAAGGGCCCAGAUGGCCGGGGAGCAAGGAGGAAGCUCGGGCUCGUCUCCCGCCGCGACGCCAAUAGCCGGUUCCGGCACGGCGGGAGAAGAGGACGGCGGCUACGACAGCAAGUGCGUUUUCUGCCGAAUCACUCACGGGGUGGAGACGGGCACUGAGCUGCUGCCUUGCGAGUAUGAAGAUUUGGUAUGCUUCCGAGAUAUCAGACCAGGAGCGCCUCAUCAUUAUUUAGUGGUACCAAAGAACCACAUUGGAAAUUGCAAGACUCUUAAGAGUGAGCAUAUACCAUUAUUGGAAAGAAUGAUAGCAGUUGGAAGAGCUAUCCUUCAGUGGAGUAAGUGCACUGACUUGGACGAUAUAAGGAUGGGCUUUCACUGGCCUCCUUUCUGCUCCAUAUCUCACUUGCACCUUCAUGUCUUGGCUCCAGCUAGUCACCUGGGAUUCUUGUCCCGGAUGAUAUACCGAAUCAAUUCCUAUUGGUUUAUCACAGCUGAGCAGCUGAUGGAACGUCUGAAAGCUGAAAGCACUACAAGUUGAGGGGAACCUACCUCUGAACUGUACCAUUUUUCUGACCUUUGAAUACUGAUUAAAGGAUUGGAUGUAGUUGAUAACAUGCUAGACUUUUUAAAACAACUACUGAAUUUGCUGCUAUAUAGUGUUUGAACUAGUUGUUAGCAAACACUAUACGUUAAAUUUCUCAGGCAAAUAUCUGAAUGCAAGAACGUAUAAGAUCACAAAUACCUAUCUGUUCAAAUGCAAAGAACCCUUGAAACUUAUGAGAUGCCAUUAAAAUUUAAUAACUGUA